GUACAGUGUAACCGGGUGGUUGUAGCGUGGACGUGGUGGUCGUGGAUGAACGCUGCUGUGAGGUCUCUGUGCUAGCUUCAACGUUCUGCUGAGCAAGUUUUAACUCACACAGUAAAUGUGGAGAAGACAAUAAAGAGGUAGCAGUAGACAACGAGAAGAGACACAUACAGAACGAUACGAAACAGAAGAAAUCAAUACACACAAAGGAGCAAACAACACGAUGAUACAGUCGCAGAACGUAAAAGACAGUAACCAGGACACAAACAGCAGAAACAAGUGCUUCAGGAGAGAGCAUAAAAACGAAAACAAGGUAAUAUACAGCGAAAACAAAGUACCACACAGCGAAAACAAAAUGCUACACGGUGAAACCAUAGUGCUGAACGGCGAAAACAAAGUGCUAAACGGCGAAAACAAAAGAGAAAGCUAUGAAAACGAGCCUUUCUGCGGAGAGGACAAGGGGGAAAACGUUACGCCCCACCCCUUUCAUCGUCAAGGCAAAGACGACGAUGGCGCUGUUUGUAGUGACGAUGAAUAUGACUUAUAUUACGACAGCGUCCUUCCAAAGGCGUCCAGCCCGCGGCAGACGAGGGCAUGGUUGAGGGCAAACGGCUUCCAAUCUCACGCCCACACCUUCAAAGACUUCACUGGAGGGGACAUGUUGGCUCUAACUAGAUUUGAUUUUGUUGACAUUUGCGAAGCAGCUGAUGGUGAGGCCAUCUUUAACGCACUCAACCCCAGCAGAAGCGGACAGCUGAGGGUGUACGUACAGCUGCCAGGUGAGAAACACUACCACGCCCUCUUCCUGCGCACCAGAAACUCUGACCAUCUGGCAAGGAAGGUAUGCAGGCUCCUGGGUGUGCCCGCACGCCAGGACACCCGCCUCUACCUUCAGCGACCAUCACACCAGCCCGCCCCCGUCACCGCACAAGUAGUCGAGAGCUUGGAAGACGAGACCCUCCUGUCGGUGCAGGUGAAGCUGGAUGUGAACCAAAAGUCGAGUGUAUUCCUUGUUGAGGGUGAAGCUGCAGCCCACCAGGCACCACCGUCUCCUCUCACUGUUUCUGCUGCGUCUGACCUCUAACAACCCCAGAAACCGUCUUUUAACAAGGUCUUAUAACUAUCUCCUACCCCGAUAAGUCCAGCGUGUCAACAAAACAUUCCCCUCUUACCAGUCAUAGUUGUUAUUCAGCCACUGUCUGCUAAAGCUCCUGACGCUAAGCCACCAACAAACUUAGGAGGCUUCCCUGCUGUUACCAGACCUUGUUACUGACAGAUACAUUAUCGAUGAACAUGGUUAUCUUCAUCAAGUAACGCAACACCUCCUCCUUGAGAGACCAUAACACCGCUUACCCACCAUACAGUACAGUACACAGAAUAGAAGUUCGUUAUAGAGCUGCCACUGACGACCAUCCUGCUAUGUGCAGGAAAAUUAAUUUAGAUGAUGGAUAUAGAACUGUAUUCAGGCGUGUUGGUUACUGAGUGUGUGUUCAAUUUUGCUUGAUCAUGUCUAGUACUUUAAUAUACUGGCAUAUUUGUAAAUUAAAUGUAUGAAUAUAAUGCCUGAAUGUUAUAUAGCGCAAAUGCCACUGUCUACAGGCCAAACUUUACACAGACUUUCUCACUAACGUAAUGUGUUAACCUGCAAUAAUAAUUAUAAUAUAACAGCGGGAAGAAUUAUUAUUAUUAUUAUUAUUAUUAUUAUUAUUAUUAUUACGGUCACCUAUUUGUACGGCUUUUAUACAUCCAAAUAAAGA